UGUCGGAGAAAAACAAUUUGUCCUAUUACAAAUGUUUCGCGAUUGCCCGUGAAGCCGCUCGACCGGAGGGUAGGCGUGUGCGCUCGAAUGAGGCGCGACGUUUUUCGACCAUAGCCCGGACCACUACACUUAGCAAAGGUGGAUUGGUACGCAGGAUAUGAGCAGUUUGUCAAGCGCAACCUGACUCUGCUCCCCCAUCAGCAAAUUCACCCCCAGCCGCCGCCGCCGCCGCCGCCGCACCAUCAUCACCAUCACCAGCAGCAGCAGCAGCAGCACCAGCAGCAGCAGCAACAACAGCAGCAGCAGCAGCAGCAGCAGCAGCAGCAGCAGGAGUUGCAGCCACAGCAGCUGGCUCAGCCGCAGCAGAGCGACAUAAUGACAUCUAUGUUCGACCAACAGAUUAAAAGCGAGCCGAUGGGCUUUUAUUCGGUUGCUUCUAGCCGUUCGGAUGGUUCUAAUUCUAUGGUUAAUUUAUCAGACGACAGGGAAGACCUUUCGCAACAGGAAGGCCACCUACAACCUCAACAACAAAGUUCAUUGCAGCUGAGCCAACAGCAACAGAGUCAGCAACAGAGUCAGCAGCAGAGUCAACAGCAGUCGCAGCAGAGUCAACAACAGCAGAGUCAAAAUAUACAACCGGAUAGUCCUGAUCGUCAGUCUACCGGUCAGCAGACUUCUAAGGAAGCCACCAGAUCUAAACCGCAGCCUUGUAAAGUCUGUGGCAAGGUCUUAUCCUCAGCGUCCUCCUACUACGUACACAUGAAACUCCAUUCGGGGAACAAGCCGUACCAUUGUACGGUGUGCGAAGCGAGCUUCUGUCGUAAGCCUUACUUGGAGGUACACAUGAGAACUCAUACGGGCGAACGGCCGUUUCAAUGCGAGCUCUGUUUAAAAAGGUUCACGCAAAAGAGCAGUUUGAAUACUCACAAGCGCGUGCAUACGGGCGAACGGCCGUACGCCUGCGACAUCUGUCAGAAACGUUUUGCGGUAAAGAGCUACGUAACGGCGCAUCGUUGGAGCCACGUCGCGGAAAAACCUUUGGUCUGUGACAGGUGUUCCCUGACGUUUACGUCGAAGAGUCAAUUUGCCAUACACAUUCGUACGCAUACCGCGGGUACGACUUACGAAUGUGGGAUUUGCGGGCGUACGUUUGUACGAGACAGCUAUUUGAUAAGGCAUCAAAAUCGGGUUCAUCGCGACAUGAGUCAGAGCGGCUCGAAUCACAAUCCGUCGACGCCACAGAGCACCGCAGGCGGCGCCUCAGGGACCGGCUUUGAAAGUCCGGUUUGCGAUCUGCGUUACAACGAGGGACCAUCGUCGUUGGACGGUCUACCCGGUGGGAAGGGUGGUGGUAUCGCCGCUGAGAUCGCGAGCCUAGCCAAGCAAAACAAUCUACAGCUUCCUCUACCAUUACUGCAUCCGCAGACAACCAACUAGUGUUUAGACGGCAGCGCGUCACGAUCCCUGCCGCAAUCCCUGUCGCAGCAACGAUCACCGUCGUCGCAGCAAGUAGUAUGUCCACCCACCUCGGCUACCACGCCGUUCACACUUCAUUCACGCGAGCACGCCGUCACCGCCACCACUACCACACCAUCACCACCACCACCACCACUACCACCACCACCAUCACAACCUCCACCACAACCACCACCACUACCACCACCACUACUACCACGACCACCUCCACGACCACCACCACUAUCAUCAACGCAGAGUGUCUACCAAACGACGGGCUCCUCUUCGGCAUCUCCUAUGGGUAGCCCUAAUUCCCAACUCUAUCCUCACUUGUCGACCUCCAUUGAUUCGCCGGAGUCUCAUCAUCGAGCUCAUCAUCAAUCGCAUCGUGGCAUUCCUCCGCCAGGGCUUCACCCUGCGCUAUAUCUAUACGCUCAGUACACCAAUUCGACUCCCACGAUUUCCUCUUAUCCUGAAUACAGUCAUCGCAACGACUGAACCGAUGAUUAUUAAACACUAGCAUCUGUUAUUGUCAAUCUUUUUAAAGAAAUAGAAGUUGCGUCCUUCGAUCACGGUGCUGGACCACGGUGCCCUACGAACAUGACAAAGUGCCUACGAAAAAAGCAUCCCCUUUCUGAAUCAUGAUGGAUGCUUGCUUUCAAAAAAAAAAAAAAAAA